AUGCUAAAGUAUUUAUAGUAUGUAGUAUUAUUAAGAUGAUUUGAAGAAAAAUUGUGUUAUGUUAAGCAUUUGUAUUAAAUUUGAAAGAUUAGUGGUAUAAUUAAAACGAAAAAAAUAAAUGGAGGGAUUCGAAGUAAUUGAAAUAGAAUGAGGUUUCAUAAUAAUAACAGAAAUAUUUAUAUAUAUUAUAAAAAAAAAAUCAGAAUGGAAAAACGAAUUUUUCUGGUAAAUAUAAGGAAUAUGAUCUCUACAUAUAAACAUUAUUAUUUUUUAUUUAUGAAUAAUUAAACAAUGCUUAUAGUGUUAUUACUAGCAUGUACGCUAGGAGGUAUAAGUUUACAAUGAUUUUUAGCUUAAGAAUUCAUUUAACUGGGUAGCAAUUUAAAAUUGCAUAAUUUAAGUGAAUUGCAUUAAAUGGAGACAAAUAAUUUAGAUUGUAGCCCAAUGUUAGGAGAAGUGAGUACUUCUAUUGACGCAUGGUCAGAGAUCUUAGAGAAUUAAGACUAGCUAAAUACAGAUUCUUCUAAUCUUUAAUAAUUAAAGGUGGCAUUACAAGAUUUUCGUGGAAGUGGAUAUGAAGAUGCCUAACCUGGUAAUAUCUAAAAUUUAAUAAAAAUAGUAUUGUUGUAGUUUAGAAAUUCAUUCUCUGAUAUAAUGAGCUAAAUAAGUUCACAACAUUUAUAAAUUACACCAUAUUAAAGAUGGAGAAAGGAUAGUGCAAUGGAAUUACAAGGAGUAGUAAGUUUAUUAGAUACUGCUGAGAAUGAAAAAGAUUUGGAAUAAUGUUGUGAUAGAAUAGAAGAGUUGAUCAAUAGAUUAAUGAAAGAGAGAGAAUAAGUGAGAAAUUAAUGUUAAAAGGGACCAUAAGUAAAAAAAUAUUUAAAUAUUUUAGAUUACAAUUAACAUUAUAAAUUCCAAAGCUGAUUAAGUAAGAGAACUAACAAAAGAAUGUUCUGAUGGUUAAGGAACUAUUAUAAGAAUUAAACCAAAAGAUGGAGAAGAUGGAGAUUAAGGAGGAUAAAUAGUGAUUCCAGGAAAACCUGAUGGUUAAUAAUAAGGAAAAGAAGAAACAAAGAAACCUAUAUAACCAGUAUAACCAGUUAGACCUAAACCAGAUGAUCGAGUCCCAGAAGGAGAAGAUUAAUAAUAAGAAAGUGUUUCUGAACCAAGUAGUACAACAGAUGAAGAGGAUGAUGAAGAUUCAACAAAUAAAAAGAAACCAGCUGACUUUACAAAUCCAGAUCCUGUUAUUUCAAAGGAAAAAGAGAAUUAAGAACCAUUUACUGAAUAUGGAUAUGGAUAUUGGGCUAAGUUUUUAUUAGCAUAUCCUAAAUUCUUACCAAAUGGUAAAGAUGCACCUUGGUAUUUUGUUUCAAGAUUGAGUGCUAAUAAGAAAGAUGAGAAUAUUAAUAUGGGAGAUAGAUUGUUGGCUGUUUGGUUAGGUAAAGGAUAUUAUCAUUUUACUACUUGUGAUUAACCAAAAAAUUAACCUAAUGUUGCUUAAAAUGUUAAUUAUCCUGAAGAUUUUGAUGGUAUUUGGACAUAUAUUUACUAUUCAUACAGUGUUGAGAAAAAGAAGGCUGUUGCUUUUAUUAAAUUUGGAAAUGAUGAUGUUAAAAAGAUUACUCAUGAAGUAUAAAAUCCAUCAACUAAAUGGGUUAAAUUUACUAUUGGAGGUAAAGAUUAAAAUAGAUAUCCUGGAUUUAAUGGUCAAAUCUAAUAAGUCUAUUUCAGUACUAAACCAGGUGUUUUCCUUGAUUCUGAAGAAGAUGUUAUUGGAAGAUUGCAAUCUUAAAAGAAAUAACCAAAAGACUUUUUACCUGAAUUAGUAACUUAUAAAGUUGUUUCAAAUCCUUAACAAAGAGAUCCUGAAACUAAAGAAGUUCUUUCAAUUGUUGGAACAACUAAAAAUCCUAAAUUCCCUCAUGAAUAUGCUUUCAGUGGUUGGUUCAAAUGGGAAGCACCAAAAUAAUAAUAAGAUUGGCAUAAUAUUUUUAGAGUUUAAAUUCAAUAACCAUCAACUGAUAAAUUUUUAGGAGAUAGAACAUUAUCUGCUUGGGUUGGUAAAUAAGAUGGAGGUAUUAUCCAUUUACCUACUUAUACAUUUACAAAUUUAGAAGGUGCUGGAAAUCCAAAUGUUAUUAAGAAUAUUCCACAUUAAAAUAGACAUACUGAAUGGUUCUUUGUUUAUUUUGGAUAUUCAAGACCUUAGAAGAAAGCUGUUGCAACUAUCUAAUGGAAAUAAACAACAGAUAAAUAAGAAUAUGACAAUAUUAGACAUUUCUCAGUACCAAAAUUCUUUAUUUUUGUUGGAAAAGAUAAAUAAUUCCCAGGUUUCAAUGGUAAGGUAGCAUUAGUAUCUUUCAAUGUUGGUGAGGGAUCAUUUAAACCUAAUAAUGAUUUCACAGGAAAGGGAGAUCCAUUUAAUUUUGAUAGUGGUAAAAAGAAAUUGAUUGGAGUUCAACCAGAAAUAGAUACUGAAGAGGACCCUGAAAAAUAAAAGAAACCAUAUAAAGUAGUAGAUGAUGCAGAUACUGAUGGAUUGACUAGACCAAGUUCAAGUGAAGAAAAUAAACCAGUCAUUGAAGAAACUUAAGAAGAUUAAAAUGAUUUUGUUGAAUAUGGUUAUGGAUUCUGGAUGAGAUUCUUAACUGCUUUCCCUGAUAGAUUAUUGAAUGGAAAGAAUGCUCCAUGGUAUUUUGUUUCAAGAUUAACUUCUAAUAUGAAUUACAAAAAUAUUGAAAUGGGUGAUAGAUUACUAGCUAUCUGGUAAGGUUAAGGAUAUUAUCAUUUCACUACCUGUGAUUAACCAAAGAAUCAAGCUAAUGUAAUUUAAAACAUCAACUAUCCAAAUGAUAUUGAAGGUUUAUGGACCUAUGUCUAUUAUUCAUACAGUUCAGAAGCUAAAAAAGCCAUCGCUUUUAUUAAAUAUGCAGAUUAAGAACCAAGAACAAUUUUACAUUCAGUUUAACAUCCUGCUGCAAAGAAAGUGAAAUUCAUUUUGGGUGGUAUGGAUAAUAAAUAAUAUCCUGGAUUCAAUGGUUUAUUCAGUUAAGUUACCUUUUCUGCUAGACCAGGAGCAUUUUUAGAUACAAUUGAAGAUUUUUCAGAUUAAUUAAAGAGAACAAUUGUACCUAAAUAAGAUUUGGAUUAAUUCUAUAAUCAUGAAUUAGUGUCUGAUGUUGUUUCUAGAAAGUAAAAUGAUAUUCCAGAUUAUGAUGAAAUUGGAGGAGGAUAAGAAAUGUUCCCACAUGAAUAUGCUAUUUCUGGAUGGUUUAAAUGGGAAUAAACUUAAUAAUAAGUUUGGCAUAAUGUUUUCAGAGUUUAAAUCAAGAAACCAUCAACUGAUAGAUUCUUGGGAGAUAGAACAUUAUCUUGUUGGAUUGGUACUGCUUAAGGUGGAAUCUUACAUUUCCCAACAUAUACAUACACUAACAUGAAUGGAGCAGGUAAUCCAAAUAUGGUCAGUAAUAUACAGCACAAGAAUAGAAUUUUCGAUUGGUUCUUUGUUUAUUUUGGUUAUUCUAAGAAUCUUUAGAAAGCAUUUGUUGGAGUUAGAUUCGCUUCAGGAAUUGAAACUUUAGAAUAUAAUAAUGUAAAUCAUUAUUAUGCACCUAAAUUCUAUACAUUUGUUGGUAAAGACAUGCAUUUCUCAGGAUUAAAUGGUAAAAUGGGAUUUGUGAACUUUAAUUUAGGAGAUGGAACUUUUAGAAAGACACCAGAUUUCAAACAUCCAGAUGAUAUUUUUGGUUUAUAAAAAGGUGAAAUUAACAUUCUCAAAAAACCAGAUUAAAAGAAAGUCUAACCAGAAGUUGAUAAAGAGACUGGAGAAACUUAAAUUCCUAAUUCAGUAUCAGACAAUACACCUAAAGUUACUAAGGAAUUCAAAUCAGAAUAACCACUCUCUGAAUAUGGUUAUGGAUUUUGGAUGAGAUUCCUCACUGCUUAUCCAGUUAAAUUAGUAAAUGGAAAGAAUGCACCAUGGUAUUUCGUUUCAAGAUUGGCUAACAGACCUAAUUAUGAUAAUAUUGCAAUGGGAGAUAGAACAUUGGCUAUUUGGUAAGGACAAGGUUAUUAUCACUUUACAACAUGCAAUUUACCAGGCCAAGUCAAUGUUAUAAAGAAUGUUAAUUACCCAGCUGAUAUUGAAGGAUUAUGGACAUAUGUUUAUUAUUCAUAUAGUAAAUAAGAGAAGAAGGCAGUCGCAUUUAUUUAAUAUGGUGCAACUGAUCCAAUUGAUGUAGUUCAUUAAGUAACUCAUCCAGAUAAUACAUAUGUCAAAUUUAUUUUAGGAGGUAAAGACAAUAACAGAUAUCCUGCAUUCAAUGGUCAAUUCUAAUCAGUUGUUCAUUCUGCUUCCCCUGGAGCUUAUAUUGGUUCAAUGGAUUAAUUCAAGGCAUUCUUAAAUAAAUAACCAAAUCCUUUGGGUAGUAAGGUUCCUUUAACAACAACUACAUUAGUUGAUAGUUAAAUUACAAGAAAUCCAGGAACAGCACCAAACACAUAAACUGUAGAAGCACCAUUCCCUAAAGAAUAUGCAUUUUCAGGUUGGUUCAAAUGGGAAUAACCUACACCUUAAUAAGCAUGGCAUAAUAUAUUCAGAGUUUAAAUUAGUUAACCAUCAACAGAUAAUAGUCAUGGUGAUAGGACCUUAGCAGGAUGGGUUGGAACUGGAGCUGGUGGCAUCAUUCAUUUAACUACAUAUUCAUAUAAAAAUAUGAAUGGAGCUGGACCUAAUAAUCUACCAUAAAAUAUUAAUCAUAAAAAUAGACAUUUUGAAUGGUUCUUUGUUUAUAUGGGUUAUUCUAAGAAUGAUAAGGCUGCUUAUGCUUAUGUUAAAUGGAGAGACAGUGAAGAUAAUUUAGAAUAUAAAGAUAUUAAUCAUUACUUUGCUAAGAAGUAUUUCGUAUUUGUUGGUAAAGAUGUUCAAUUCCCAGGAUUCAAUGGUAGAGUAGCCUCUACAGCUUUCAAUCAUGGUGAAGGAUCUUUCAAAAAAGGAAAUGAUUUCAAACAUCCUACUGAUGCAUUCAGAUUUGACAAAGGUAGUUAAUUGGUUCCAAAAGUUGAUCCUACAAAACCAGUUGUUGAUGAUAAAACUGAAUAUGGAAGCAAAUUCAAUAAUAAUGCACCAAAUGUUGAUAAGACUUUGACUUCUAAUGAUCUAUUGGUUGAAUAUGGUUAUGGAUUUUGGGCUAGAUAUUUGACAGCUUAUCCAGCUAGAUUAAUUAAUGGAAAAAAUCAACCAUGGUAUUUCGUAGCUAGAUUGACUACAAAUGUUUAAUAUGAUAAUAUUAGAAUGGGAGAUAGAGCUUUGGCUAUUUGGUAAGGAUAAGGAUUCUAUCAUUAUACAACUUGCAAUUAAGCAAACGGAAAUGUUAAUGUUAUUUAAAAUAUCAAUUAUCCAGCUGAUAUUGAAGGUGUUUGGACAUAUAUCUACUAUUCAUACAGUGCAGAAAAGAAGAAAGCUGUAGGAUUUAUUAAAUAUGGUAAUGAUGAAGUUAAAUCAAUUACUCAUUCAAUUACACAUCCUGAUACUAGAUAAGUCAGAUUUAUUCUCGGUGGUAUGGAUAAUAACAGAUAUCCAGCCUUCAAUGGUAUCUUUACCAAAGUCUCUUAUUCUCAUGAAAAAGGAGCAUUUAUUGAUAGUUUAGAUGCACUCAAACCUAGAAUUGGAAUUGUUCCAGAUGUAGACACUCCUGCUGUUAAUAAAAAGAUUGUUGCUGGAUAAAUUGAAAGAGUUCCUACUGUUGCUCAUGUUGCUGAAACAGUUGGAGAUGAAUAAACUAAAUUACCAUAAGAAUAUGCCAUUAGUGGAUGGUUCAGAUGGGAUAAAUUAUAAGGAUAAUAACCAUGGCACAAUAUUUUCAGAAUUACCAUUAAUUCACCAUUUUCUGAUAGAUUUUUAGGAGACAGAACUUUGGCUGUUUGGGUUGGUACUGUUGCUGGAGGUAUUUUACACCACACUACUUACACAUAUAACAACAUGAAUGGAGCAGGAAAUAAUAAUGUUAUUUAAAAUAUUUAACAUAAAGAAAGACAUUUAGAAUGGUUCUAUAUGUAUUAUGGAUAUUCAAAAAAAGAUUCAAAAGCUUAUGCUUAUGUCAAAUUCAAAGAUAGUGCUGAAACUUUAACCUUCUAGAAUAUUAAUCAUUAUUUAGCUCCAAAGUUUUAUGUUUAUUUGGGCAAAGAUCCAAAUUUCUAAGGAUUCAAUGGUUAGAUUGGAUUUGUUAAUUUCAACAUUGGUAAAGGUAGUUUCAGAUCAGGAAAUGAUUUCACAGAUGAUGCAGAUAGAUUUGGAUUUUCAGAUGGUUCUAAAGCAAUUGCUAAACCAGUAGAGCCACCUAAACCAGAGGCAAUUCCUGAAGCUGACAAAUAAGUAUUUACAAGUGCAUCCAGUGUUGAUUCACCAAAGGUUGAUAAACAAACUGUUGCAAGUGACUAGAACCUUGUUGAAUAUGGUUAUGGAUAUUGGAUGAGAUUCUUGACUAAAUUCCCAGAAUAAUUACCAAAUGGAAAGAAUCAAGCAUGGUACUUUGUAUCAAGAUUAACCACAAAUGUUUAAUAUGAUAAUAUCAGAAUGGGAGAUAGAGCAUUAGCUAUUUGGUAAGGAUAAGGAUUCUAUCACUUCACAACAUGUGAUUAAAAGAGUAACAAUGCUAAUGUGAUUAAGAAUGUUGAUUAUCCAAAUGAUAUUGAAGGUGUUUGGACAUAUGUUUACUAUUCAUAUAGUGCAAAAGAGAACAAUGCAGUUGCUUUUAUUAAAUUUGGUGAAAGCGAUUUCUAAUAAGUAACUCAUUAAGUCACACAUCCAGCUGCUAAAUAAGUAAGAUUCAUUUUAGGAGGCACAGAUGAAAAGAGAUAUCCAGCAUUUAAUGGUCUAUUUACAAAUGUUUAUUUCAAUAGUAGAAUUGGAGCCUAUAUCAAUUCAGUACCAAAUCUUAAUAAAUUAUUGGAUACUUAAGGACCAAAACCAAGCAUUAAAUUAGUUGAUUUGAGUACUACAACUUUAGUUGAUAAGGAGACUUCAAGAACUCCAAAGGAUGAACCAGUUGUAACAGAAGUAGAAGAGAAGAGAUUACCUCAUUAAUAUGCAUUCAGUGGUUGGUUUAGAUGGGCAGCUAUGUAAUAAGAUCCCUGGCAUAACAUUUUCAGAGUUUAAAUUAAGACUCCAUCAACAGACAAUGUUUUAGGAGAUAGAACAUUAUCAGCUUGGGUUGGAACAGGAGAAGGAGGUAUCAUUCAUUUACCAACAUACACUUACACUAAUAUGAAUGGUGGUGGUAAUACAAAUCUUUUUAAGAAUAUUCAGCAUAAAGGAAGAAAUACUGAAUGGCAUUUCAUUUACUUUGGAUACUCAAAAGAUUAAAAUAAAGCUUAAGUUUAUAUUAAAUGGACCUAAUCAGAAGAUACUCUUGAAUACCCUGAUACCAGACAUUACUUUGCAUCAAAAUUCUAUAUCUUCACUGGAAGAGAUAAGCAUUUCCCUGGUUUCAAUGGUAAUGUUGCAUAAGCUAAAUUUAAUAUUGGUGAAGGAGCAUUUGUAGGAGAUAAGAACUUUAAUUUACCAAAAGAUCCAUUCUCAUUUGGAAGUGGAGUUAAUACAUAUCAUAAGGAUUAACCAAAACCAUAACCAGAGACCAAACCAGAUUCUAAAGUGCUUGACAAUGCAUAAGGAUAGAAAGAACCAGCAUUGAACAGAGAGUUGAAGGAUGAAAAAGAAUUAGAAAGUUAUGGUUAUGGAUUUUGGAUGAGAUAUUUGACAGUCUAUCCAGAAAGAUAAAUUAAUGGAAAGAAUUAACCAUGGUACUUUUUAUCUCGAUUGACAUGGAAUGAAAAAUAUGAUAAUAUUGGUAUGGGAGAUAGAACUUUAGCCAUCUGGUAAGGAGCAGGAUUUUAUCAUUUCACAACAUGCAAUAUUGCUAAUGGAAAUACAAACCUUAUUUAAAAUAUCAAUUUCCCAAAUGACAUCGAAGGAUUGUGGACAUAUGUUUAUUACUCAUACAGUAGAGCCAGUAAGUAGGCAGUUGCAUUCAUUCAAUAUGGAAAUGAUGCUCCAUAAACAGCUACUCAUUCAACUUAACACAAAGACACUAAAUAUGUGAGAUUUAUUUUGGGAGGUAAUGAUGAAGCAAGAUACCCUGGUUUUAAUGGUUAAUUCACAGGAGUUUCAUUUGAUAAAACAUAUAUUGGUACAGUAGAUGAAUUCAAAGCAUUUGUCUAAAAGGUUGGAGUUCCAUAAGUUGGAUUGUAAUAAUUGACUACAGUUGGAUUGGCUGAUUAAGUUAGUAGAAGUGCUGAAGCAGAUAUUACAAAGGAAGCAACAGUCGGAGGAGGCGAUUAGAAAUUCCCAUAAGAAUAUGCUAUAAGUGGUUGGUUCAAAUGGAAACCAACAGCCUAAGCUGCUUGGCAUAACAUCUUCAGAGUUCAAAUUAAGAAACCAUCAACAGACAAUGUUUUAGGAGAUAGAACAUUAACCAUGUGGGUUGGUACUCCAGAAGGAGGUAUUCUCCAUUUCCCAACUUACACAUAUGACAAUAUGGUUGGUGGAGGAAAUACAAAUCUCUACAAAAACAUUCAACACAAGUAAAGACAUCUUGAAUGGUUUUAUGUUUACUAUGGAUAUUCCAGAACAGUUUCAAAAGCUUAAGUUUAUGUAAAAUGGGCAUCUAAUGAUGAUAGUCUCACUUAUGAUAAUGUUAGACAUUAUUUGACUCCAGAAUUCUAUGUAUUUGUUGGAAGAGAUAAAUAAUAUCCAGGACUUAGUGGUAAAAUGGGUUACGUAAAAUUCAAUUUAGGAGAUGGAUCAUUCUUAAAAGAUCCUAAUUUCGAUCAUCCUUAAGAUGCUUUUGGAUUUAAAUAAGGUGUUGAAAAUUUAGUGAAGAAACCUGCUGCUGCAAUUGAGCCAGGAACACCAAUUACUGAAGAAUUAACAAAUGGAUUUGAAUAAAAGAACCCAGUAGUUGAUAAGGCUGCACCUUCUGAGAGAGAUCUUGAAGAAUAUGGUUAUGGAUUUUGGUUCAGAUUCUUACACAACUAUCCAGUUAGAUUACCUAAUGGUAAGAAUUAAGCAUGGUAUUUCGUUGCCAGAUUGGCUAAUUAAGAGAAAUAUGAUAAUAUCAGAAUGGGAGACAGAAUGUUGGCUGUUUGGUAAGGAUAAGGAUUCUAUCAUUUCACUACAUGUAAUAAAGUUGAUAAUAAUCCAAAUUACAUUAAAAAUAUCAAUUAUCCAGAAGAUAUUGAAGGAGUCUGGACAUAUCUUUAUUAUUCUUAUAGCGAUGAUAAGAAUAGAGCAGUUGGUCACAUUAAAUAUGGAAAUGAUGAUAUUCAAUCAAUUAGACAUGAUGUUAAUCAUCCUGAAACUAAAUAUGUCAGAUUCGUAUUGGGAGGUAAUGACGAGAACAGAUAUCCAGGAUUUAAUGGUGUGUUUUCAUAGAUUACAUUUAGCACCAAAGAAGGAGCAUUCAUUGAUACUGCUGAUCUCUUGAAAGGAUUUAUUAGCAAAUUAACUAAACCAUCUUAAGGCUUCAAUGAUUUAGCAAAUUACAAACUAAUUGAAGAUAGUUUAACAAGAACAUCUGAUGAUAAACCACUCACUAAAGUCAUUGGAAAAGAAACAGAAAGAUUCCCAGCUGAAUAUGCAUUCAGUGGAUGGUUCAAAUGGUAACCUUUGGCUUAAUAACCAUGGCAUAACAUUUUCAGAGUUUAAAUUAAGACUCCAUCAACAGACAAUGUUUUAGGAGAUAGAACAUUAUCAGCUUGGGUUGGAACAGGAGAAGGAGGUAUCAUUCAUUUACCAACAUACACUUACACUAAUAUGAAUGGUGCAGGUAAUGCCAAUGUUUGGAAAAACAUUUAACAUAAAAAUAGAUUCACUAGUUGGUUCUUCCUCUAUUUUGGAUAUUCAAAAGAUCAACAAUUAGCUUAAGCUUACAUUAAAUGGACAGAUGGAGAAGAUCAAUUAGCAUAUGAGAAGACUAAUCAUUAUUUGGCAACCCAAUUCUAUGUAUUUACAGGAAGAGAUGAUCAUUUCCCAGGAUUUAAUGGUAAAUUGGGAGAAGUUAAUUUCAAUAUUGGUAAAGGUGCUUUCAGAAAACCAACUGAUUAUUCACAUGAAAAGGAUAUUUUUGGUUUCAAGAGUGGUACAGAAAAAUUCAUUAAAAAACCUGCUGACGAAUUCAAACCAGCUGAUUCUGAUAAGAAUAUUCUUGAAAAUGCUUCAAGUUAAGAUAAACCAGUUGUUGAUAAGGAAGUAAGUUCAGAAAAGCCAUUUGAACAAUAUGGUUAUGGUUUCUGGUUAAGAUUCUUAAGUAAAUAUCCUGAAUAAUUACCAAAUGGAAAGAAUUAGGCUUGGUACUUUGUAUCCAGAUUGGCUAAUCAAGAUAAAUAUGAUAAUAUUAGAAUGGGAGAUAGAACAUUAGCUAUUUGGUAAGGUUAAGGAUAUUACCAUUUCACAACUUGUUCAUCUGCUACAAACAAUCCAAAUUUAAUUCAAAAUAAUAACUAUCCUGAAGAUAUUGAAGGAUUAUGGACAUAUAUUUAUUACUCAUAUAGUGCUGAAUAAAAUAAAGCUGUUGGUUUUAUCAAAUAUGGUAAUACUGAUUUCUAAAGAAUUGUUCAUGAGACAACACAUUCAUUGACCAAAUAUUUGAGAUUCAUUCUUGGUGGUAAUGAUGCUAAGAGAUAUCCAGGAUUCAAUGGUUUAUUCACAUCAGUCACAUUCUCAACUGAAUCAGCAUUCGUUUCUGAUGUUGAUAAAUUAAAUGCUUACUUGCUAAAGAACCAAGCUCCAAGUGUUAUUGUUCCUUUGUAAACAACUGAAUUAGUGAAAGAUCAAAUAACUAGAGACAAAGAUGAUAAACCAAGUGUUGUAUAAUCAGUAGGAGGAAAUAAUAAAUUCCCAUUAGAGUAUGCAUUGAGCGGUUGGUUCAGAUGGAAGCCUACAGCAUAAGCAGCAUGGCAUAAUGUUUUCAGAGUACAAAUUAAGAAGACCCCAGUUACUGAUAGUUGGUUAGGAGAUAGAACACUUACUUGCUGGGUUGGAACUGCUGAAGGAGGCAUCCUUCAUUUCCCAACAUAUACUUACACUAAUAUGAAUGGAGGUGGUAAUAAUAAUUUCUUCAAAAACAUUCAAUAUAAGAAUAGAAUAAAUGAAUGGUUCUAUGUCUACUAUGGAUACUCAAAAGUAUAAGCUACUACUUAGAUUUAUGUUAAAUGGUUUGAUUCUGAAGAUAGCAUGUCGUAUGAUAAGAUCAACCAUUAUUUGACACCAGAGUUCUAAGUCUGGGUUGGUAGAGAUGAACCAUUUGUUGGUUUCAAUGGUAGAAUUGCAUAUGUUAAUUUCAAUGCUGGUGAUGGAGCUUAUGUUAAGAACAAUAAAUUUGAUCAUCCAUAAGAUAUCUUCAAAUUUAAUGUUGGUUAAGCCAAAUUAUUUGAAAAAUAAGAAGAAGUUAAACCAGGAUAAAUUAAUAAAGAUAUAUUGAGUAGUCCUACAAGUUAAGAUAAACCAGUUGUUGAUUCUAAUGCAUAAUCAGAUAACAAUUUAGAAGAGUAUGGUUAUGGUUUCUGGAUGAGAUUCUUAACAGCCUUCCCAGAAAGAAUGCUUAAUGGAAAGAACUAAGCUUGGUACUUUGUUGCAAGAUUAGCUAAUCAAGAGAAAUAUGACAAUGUUAGAAUGGGUGAUAGAUUAUUGGCUAUUUGGUAAGGAUAAGGAUAUUAUCACUACACAACUUGUAAUGCAGUUAAUGGAAAUGCUAAUGUUAUUUAAAAUAUUGAUUAUCCAGCUGAUAUUGAAGGAGUUUGGACAUACAUUUACUAUUCAUAUAGCGAAGCUAAAUCAAGAGCAGUUGGUUUCAUUAAAUAUGGAAAUGAAGAUUCAAUCAAAGCAAUCAGACAUGAUGUUACCCAUCCAGAUACAAAAUAUGUGAGAUUCACUUUGGGAGGUACUGAUGCUAAGAGAUAUCCUGGAUUCAAUGGUAUUUUCACUUAAGUCACAUUUGAUGCAGCUAAAGGAGUAUUCAUUGAUACUGCUGAUUAAUUGAAGGGAUAUAUGAAUAAAUUAGAAAAUCCAACAGUUGGAUAAGUUGAUUUGCAAACUUAUAGAUUAAUUACAAAUGAAUAAUUCAGAGAGAAGACUAAUGAUCCAAACUUUAAUGCAGUUGGAAAAGACAAUGAAAGAUUCCCAUUUGAAUAUUCAAUGAGUGGUUGGUUCAAGUGGUAAUCAGCACCACAAGAUGCUUGGUAAAAUAUUUUCAGAGUAUCAAUAAAUGAAAAACCAGCAGAUCAAUUCUUAGGAGACAGAACCUUAUCAGCUUGGAUUGGAACAGGUGAAGGAGGUAUUAUUCACAUGCCAACAUAUACUUAUGCUAAUAUGAAUGGAGGAGGUAAUGCAAAUGUUUGGAAGAACAUAUAGCAUAAGGAUAGACACACAAAAUGGUUCUUUAUUUAUUUCGGAUAUUCCAAGACUUAAGCAAAGGCAUACUCAUACAUUAAAUGGUAGGCAGAUGAUGAUUUCUUGGUUUAUGAUAAUACAAACCAUUAUUAUGCACCAAACUUUUAAGUAUUUUUGGGAAGAGAUAAAUUCUUCACAGGUUGGAAUGGUAAGAUUGCAUAUACUCAAUUCAAUUUGGGUAAAGGUGCAUUUAGAAGUGCUAAAGAUUUCACUCAUCCAAAUGAUGCCUUUGGAAUUGGAGCUGGAGUUGAUAAGUUAAAGAAACCAGAUACUGGAUUUAAACCAGCUGAAUCAGAUCCUGCAGUUAAGGAAAAUGCUUUCAAUUAAGAUAAACCAAUACAUGAUAAGGUUGCUACUUCAGAGAAUCCAUUUGAUGAAUAUGGUUAUGGAUUUUGGAUGAGAUUCUUGACAGCCUAUCCUUAAAGAUUAAAUAAUGGUAAGAAUGAAGCUUGGUACUUCAUAUCUAGAUUGGUUAAUUAAGAGAAAUAUGACAAUAUUAGAAUGGGAGAUAGAAUGUUAGCCAUGUGGUAAGGAUAAGGAUAUUAUCAUUUCACAGCAGCAAAUGUUUUGACUGGAAAUCCAAAUAUGAUUCAAAAUGUUAAUUAUCCAGAAGAUAUUGAAGGAUUGUGGACAUUUGUUUAUUAUUCAUACAGUGUAGAAGAGAACAAGGCUUAAGGUUUCAUUAAGUUUGGAGAUGAAAAUUUCAAAUAGAUCACACACUAAACAACUUAACCAUUAACCAAAUAUUUGAGAUUCAUUCUUGGAGGUAAUGAUGAGAAGAGAUACCCAGGAUUCAAUGGUUUAUUCACAUCUAUAACAUUCUCUACUUAAUUAGGUGCUUAUGUUGAUAGUAUGGAUGCAUUGAAUAAAUAUGUUAAUGCUAAUUCUUAUCCAAAAUUAGAUACAACUCCAUAAAAUUAUGCUUUGAUUAAGGAUCCAAUAACUAGAAAACCAGAUGAUGACUUAUUCUUAAGAGAAUUUGGAGAGGAGAAGUAAAGAUUCCCAGUUGAAUACUCAAUAAGUGGAUGGUAUAAAUGGAUUGAAGGAACUCCAGCAAACUAAUGGUAGAACUUAUAUAGAGUUUUAUUAAAGAAGGAACCAACAGAUACAGCAGUGUUGGGAGACAGAACAUUAGCAGGUUGGAUUGGAUUUGGUAAUGUUCACUAAAGUACAUAUACUUAUGUAAACAUGAAUGGAGCAGGAAAUAACAAUAUUUGGAAAUAGGCUGAACAUAAAGAUAGACAUAUCAGAUGGUUCUUUGUUUAUCAUGGAUAUUCAAGAAAUGAUAGAUUAUCAUACGCUUUUGUAUAAUACUUUAAGGGUUCAGAAUCAUUGUCAUGGGAUAAAGUCAAUCACUACUUUGUUCCAAGAUUCUAUGUUUAUGUAGGUAGAGAUGCAAUAAAUGGAUUCAAUGGAUAAAUUGGAGCAAUUAAUUUCAACAUAGGAGCUGGUUCAUUCAGAAAAGGAGAAGAUUUCACUCAUGAUAAAGACUUCUUUGGAUUUGGUGCUCCAUUUGUGUAGACCAAAGUUAAACCAUUUGAUAUUAAAGAUAGAGCAACAGAUCUUUUUGUAAGUGCAGCACCAACAUAAGAAAAACCAUCUUAUACUAAAGUAUUACCUGAUGAUGAAGUAGCAAGUGCUGAAGAAUAUGGUUAUGGAUUCUGGGCUAGAUAUUUGACAUAAUAUCCAACUCCAUAAAGAACUGGUAUGUAAGGUGAAUGGACUUUUGUAUCUAGAUUGACUAAGAACUAGAAAUUACAAGAUGUAACUUUGGGUGAUAGAACUUUAGCAAUAUUCUUAAAUAGAAACAGUGCUUUCUAUUUUGCUACUACAAAUGCUGGUAAUCCUAAUGCUUUUGUAAAUUCAGCUGUGAGACCAGAUUUUGAAGGAGUUUGGAUUUACAUUCAUUUCAGUCAUAAUUUAGAAAAGAAACAAAGUGUUGCUUUCUUGAAAUAUGGUGAUGAAAAACCUUUCAGAUACUAAUAAGCUGCAAAUCACGUACCACCAUCUUUCUUACAAUUCUAUUUGGGAGGUAAGGACUUCUAUAAUUCAUGGAAUGGUCAAUUCAGUGACGUAAUGGUGUCAGCCAGCAAAGGUAUCUUCAUUGAUGAUGAAGCUGCAUUUACUAAACAUCUCUCAGGAUUUAAGAUGCCUGCCUAAUUUAAUUAUGAUUUAAAGACCUUUGAAGUCAUACCUAAGGAAUAACCAUAUGAUGCUAAAUAAGAAAUUAAAGAGCAAAUGUUCUAAGAAGAUGUAGCCUUGAGACCAGAAUAUGCUUGGUCAGGAUGGUUUAAAUGGGAUAGUACUCCAGUAGGAAAUUGGUUCUUAUAUGCAAGAUUGAGUAUCUUCUAGACACCUGAAAACUUGUAAGCUUUAGGUGAUAGAACUUUGGCAGCUUGGGCAGGACCAAAUGUAUUACAAUUCUCAACAUAUAACUACAAUAAUUUGAUAGGAGGAGGAAAUGCAGAUAGUUGGAAUAGAUUAAAUCCUGGAUAAGAUUUAGUAAGAUGGCAUUAUGUUUACUUUGGAUAUUCUUUAGUUGAGAAAGCAGCUUAUUAUAGAGUAGAGUUCAAAGGAAGAUUGGAAGAAUUUACUUUCAAAGAUCAUAAACACUACUAUCCAAACAGAUACUCAUUAUAAAUUGGCAAAGAUAAAUUCUCUCAACCAUUUGUUGGACUAGCUGCAUAUUUCAGAUUGAAUGUUGGAGAAGGUGCCUACAGAACAAGUGGUUAUGAAAAGGCUAAGAAUGAUAUAUUUGCUUACAAUAUAGGUAAAUAAGCUUAUGUGAGACCAUCACCUACCUUUGAUGUCAAUAAGGAUUAAAAUAAGGGAGUUUCUGAUUCACCAGUUGAUGUUAAAGAACCAGUAUGGACAAAGAAAUUGAUUGGAUCAGAUUUGGAUGACAUUAAUGAAUAUGGUUACUCAUUCUGGUUGAGACACAUGGCACAUUAUCCAGUUCAAAUGCCCAGAGGAUUAAGUGAUAAACCAUGGUCAUUUGUUGCUAGAUUGACUAAGAAUUAAUAAUUAUAAGAUAUUACUGUUGGAGAUAGAGUUUUGGCUGUUUGGUUGUAAUAAGGAAAUUAUUAUCACUUCACUACAUAUCAUCAAGCUAAUCCAAAUUUGAUAUAGAACAUAAAUAACUUAAAUGAUAUUGAUGGUAUUUGGUAUUAUUUACACUUUGCCCACAGUCUUGGAAGCAAAUAGUCAGUUGGAUUUUUGCAUAAUGGUGAAAAAUUGAAUAAGGUUGUAUUUGCUGCUGAACAUACACCACCUACUUUCUUAUAAUUCUAUUUGGGAGGAUCAUAACUUAAUUAUCCAGCAUUUAAUGGUCAAUUUGCAAAUGUAAUCUUCUCAGUUGGUGAUGGAAUCUUCAAGAAAGAAGAUGCUGAUUUUAAUUCAUUCUUCACUGAACUUAAAUAACCAGAUCCAUUCAAUAGAAAUCUUGUGACAAAGAAUAUCGUUGAAGCACCAAAAGAAUUCAAUAAAGAUAGUGCUAAAGAUGAAAAAGUUUUUGCUGAAUAUGCUUUGGUUGGAGAAUACUCAUGGUCUGGUUGGUUCAAAUGGACUCCAACUGUCUAAUAAGCAUGGCAUUUAAUGGUUAGACUUGCAAUUCUUUAAAACUCUGAAGAUAUAUCAUUCUUAGGAGAUAGAACUUUGAAUGCAUGGGUUGGAUAAGGAUAUUUCCAUUUCACUUGUUAUCAUGUUGCUAAUAUUAAUGCUGCAGGAAAUGUUAAUCAGAAUUAGAAUAUGAAUUAUGAAACAGAUCAUGUCAAAUGGCAUUUCAUCUACUUUGGAUAUUCUAGACCAUAAAGAUUGGCACAUGCUAAGGUAGAAUUUAGAGAUAGAAAUGCUGAACUUCUUUUCAAAAAUACAUUCCAAUACUUACCUAAUAAAUUCUCAUUUUAUGUAGCUAAGGAUAAAGUUUAUCCCUCAUACAGUGGUAAUAUUGCACACUUGAGAUUCAAUGGAGGUGAUGGUGCAUUUGAUCCUAAAUCAUAUGCUGAUAAUAAAUAAGAUAUCUUCGGAUACAAUAUUGGUAAAGAUAAUGUCAAAGAGAAAGAGCCUGAAUUAGAUCCAGUUAGAUAAUAAGAAGUAUUGGAUUCAGCAUGGAAUUAAGAUAAACCAGUUUAUUAGACUGAAUUCAAGAAGGAAGACUUAGUAGGUAUCUAAGAAUAUGGUUAUGGAUUCUAUUAUAGACAUUUAGAAUAAUAUCCUGUUUAAAUGAGAGAUGGAAGAUUAGAACCAUGGUACAUGAUGUCAAGAUUAUCAUGGAAUAAGGAUGAAGGAAAUAUUAGAAUGGGAGAUAGAUUAUUAGCUACUUGGUAAGAACAGGCUGCUAUUUUGUUUGUUACAAAUAAUUUACCAGGAGAUCCAAAUAUGUUAGGUAGAAUUAAUGUUGCUGACAGAGAAGGAGUAUGGACAUUCUUAUACUUCAGUUAUUCAUUAGAAGAUUAAUUGGCAGUAGGUAUUUUGAAAUUUGACAAUAAUGAUGAAGUAUUCCAUAUUCCAAUGAAAUGUAAUCAUGGAAAGGUUGAUUAUUUGAAAUUCACUUUGGGAUCUGCACCUCCACAUUUCUAUCCAAGAUUCAAUGGUUAAUUUGCUAACUAUGCAGUUAAAUUAGGACCAGGUGCAUUUGUCAAGAAUUAUGAUGCAAAGAAGAAGUAUUUAGUAAACAGAAUCCCACAUCCUCCAGCUGAUGAUAAUAAAUUCAGAUAAUUUAAAGUUGUUGAAGGUGAGAAAUAAUUCAAGGGAGAUAGUUAAGAUGAAGUUAUUGUAGAAGUACCAAAUGAUUUCAGCAAAUUUUCAACAGAAUAUUCAAUUUCAGGAUGGCUUAGAUGGGAUAAUCCAGCUCUUGGAGCACCAUGGUACAAUGUAUUCAGAUUGAGUUUAUAUAAUGGAGAUUAGAAUGCUGAAAAUAGAUUUGGUGAUAGAGAUCUUGCUUUGUUCAAACAUAAUACAUACUAUCAAUAUCACACUUAUAACUAUAAUCCAGGAUAACCAUGGACAUUUGAACAUGUAAUUCCUCAUACUGAUUAACAUACAGUAUGGCAUUUCUUCUAUUCAGGAUAUUCAAGAGAAAAAGGAAUUCAAUAUCAUUACAUUUCUUUCUAAGAAUCAGAUGUUGAGAAAGUUUUUGAUAAAUAGAAACAUCUUGUUGUUAACAAACAUUAUUUAUCAUUUGGUAAAGAUUAUAAGAAGUUCUUCCCAUCUCAUAGAGGAUUUACUGGUACUGCUAGUAUGGUUAAUUUAAAUUAUGGAGAAGGAGCAUUUACUAUGAAACCAUUUACUAAAAAGAAUGACUUAUUCUAAUUUGCUGAUGGAGAAAAGAAAUACAGAAAACCAUUUGAAUUAGUUGAAAUUUGGUCUGAAAAGAAUAAAUUAAUUGGUUCCAUUUCAGAUAGCAAAGAUCCAGUUUUUGAUGUUUAAUUAGAAGAUGCCAAGAACAAUAUUAGAGGAUUAGACGAAUAUGGUUGGGUUGCAUGGGUUAGAUCAUCUAGAACAGAACCAAAGAAUUUACCAUUUAGACCUCAUACUCAUUCUAUUGGUAGACUUACAACUUAAAGAGUUAACAAGAACACUCAAUAACCUGGAGAUAGAGUAUUAGUGGCAUGGUAGUAUUUCCCAACUUAUUAUUUCGCUACCUAUACUCAAGGUAAUAAUGAUGUUGCAUAACAAACUCCAUUCAAGAUUGUUGAUGGCUAUUGGAGAUUCAUAUCUAUGUCUUACAAGAAAGGAUAAGUUAAAGCAUAUGUUUUCUUUGAUGAUAAAGAUAUUGCUGAUUUAACAUUUAAUGUUAAACAUGAACUAGUAAAUGACUAUUUAAGAUUCACUUCAGGAGGUGAAACUGAAACUUUCAAAUACAACAAUUUCAAUGGUUAUUUGUUAAAUAUUGGAUUGAGAUAUGGACAAGGAGCUCAUAUUGCUACUAAAGAAGAUUUAUUAAGAUAAUUAUAAGGUCCAUGGAAAUUACCAGAUGAAGUGUUAUUUGAUCAAACUAGAGUUAGUUAAUCAAUAUUGAAAGAAAAGAAAGAAUUUAAAGCAGAUGGUGAACCAGUUUGGGUAACAAUAAAACCAGAUGCUGCAAGAGGAAAGGAUGAAUAUGCAAUAUCAGGUUGGGCUAGAUGGGUUGACCCAGCAGCAAUUUAAGCAUGGCAUUUACUUUAUAGAGUUUAAAUUUAUGAUAAAGAUGCUGAUGGAUUAAAGAAUUUGGAUAGACCAGGAGAUAGAACAUUAGCAUGUUGGAAGGGUAAUGGAUUUUUCUAUGUUGCCACAUACACAGUAGAUUAAGGUCAUGGUGGAGCAUGGAAUAUUGAGAGAACAAAUCCUUAUGAUGAAGUAAUGCAUAAGAAUUGGGUUUAUUUCUAUUAAGGAUAUUCAAGAUAGAAGUAGAAUGUUCACAUAUAUAUUAAAUAUCCAUCAAGAGAUAUACACUUUGAUGUUCCAGCAAAUCAUUUUGUUCCAACAUAAUUCUAUGUUUAAUUUGGUAAAGAUUAAUGGCAUGGUGGAUGGAAUGGUUUCCUUGAAUCAUGGUAUUUCAAUACUGGUAAUGGAGCAUACAAGACUUAAGAUUAUGGAACAGAUGAAUCAGAUUAAUUAUCAUUUGGAUUUGGUGGAAGAGUGAUACCAAAACCAUAGAAUUGGGAAUCUAAAGAAAUGUUCUAAAACAAUUGGGGACCAACAGAAUAAUCAUUAGGAAAGGAAGUAGAAAUAACAGAUGAUUAUAUAAAUGGAUUGACUGAAUAUGGAUAUGGAAUGUGGACAAGAUUUAUUUGGAAUGGAGAGAAGAAGAUAGUAGAUAAACCAGCUUGGAUGGCAUUAUCAAGAUUGACAUAUAGACCAAAUUAUUAAGGAGAUGCAGCAUAAGUUGGAGAUAGAUUAUUGGCUAUUUGGGUAGGAGCAGGUUUCUAUCAUUUCACAACCUCAUUGCCAGGAAAUGGAAAUUUGGUUAAUAAUGUAAAUUAUAAUAAUUUAUUGGAUGGUUCAUGGAAUUAUAUCUAUUAUGGAUAUAAGAAAUUAGAAAAAGGUGGAAAUGUAGUAGGACAUGUAUUCUUUGGAGGUUAAGCAGUAAGAACAACUAAUUUCCCUGAAAUAGUUAAUCAUUUACCAUUGUCUGAUUAUUUAUACUUCUGUGUUGGUAGUUCAGGUGCUAAGUUGAGAACAAAUUAUCAUUCAUUUAAUGGUCAUAUAUCAAAUGUUAUAUUGAUGUUAGGAGAUGGUUCAUACUAUAAGAAUCCAGAUGAUCUUAGAAAAUUAUUACCAGAAAUGCCAAAAUUCCCAGAAUUAGUACCAAUUAAAGAAGUUAUUUUUGAAGAAGCAAGAGAUUUGAAGAGAGAAGUUGCAUAAGUAGCUCCAGUAGAAUUUGCUGAUAAGUUUGCAGGAUAAAGUGAGUAUUCAGUAUCAAUUUGGUUUAAAUGGUCUACAAUAGCUAGAGCAACUUGGGAAAAUGUUUAUACUCUCUCAUAUAAUGAACCAAAUAUUAGAGGAAAUCAUGUUAGACCUGGAGAUAGAGUUUUAUCAUUAUUCUAAUAUGCUGAUCAUAGAUAAUUCUUUAGUACUUAUACUAAUCCAGAUGUUGAUGAUGCAUUCUAAUAAAUCUUUACAGAAUGUCCAACUCCAGCACUUGAUUAAACUGCUUGGGUUUAUGCUUAUUAUGCUUACAGCAAAAAAGCUUCAAGUGUUUAUAGUUUCUACAAGACCAGAACUACUGAAUGUGAAAAGAAAUUACCAGCAUCUCACAGAGUUCCAAGAUAUUUAGGAUUAUAUGUUGGAAAGGAUGGAAUUCAUACUCCAUACAAUGGUAAAUACUAAUAAAUGUAUUUAAUGGCUGGAACUGGUGCUUAUAGAGAUAAAGAUGUUUUAAGUUUUGAUCCAUAUAUUGCAGGUGCUUUGGGAGUUUAAGCAAAACCAUAUAAAUGGUCAGAUAAAAAAGAUGAAUUUGAAUAACCAUUUGAUGGAACAUUAUAAUAAGAAUUUGAACCAGCAUUAGUAGAUGGACAUUCAGCAUAUGCAAUUGGAUUUUGGAGUAGAUAUUUAACAGCAAUUCCAAAGAGAGUCUUAGAAAAACCAGCAUGGGUUUCUGUAGCUAGAUUUACAGUCAAUAAAGAUUAUUAAGAUUAAGCUAAGGUUGGAGAUAGAACACUUGCAUUAUGGUUAGGAAAAGGAUUUUAUGGAUUUAGAACAUAUAAUUUAGCUACCAAUACACCUACUAUUGCUUAAGAUAUUAAAUAUGAUGAUAAGUUAGAAGGAGAAUGGAAUUUCAUUUACUUCUGUUUUGCAAGUUCUAAAUAAUAAGCACUUGGUUAUGUCAAAUUCAGUAGUACAGGAGAUGUCAAGAGAGUUACCUUCCCAGAAAUUACACAUAAACCAAUUGAAGGUUAUGGUAAAGUUGUUGUAGGAAAAGAAUUCACUUAUCCAGGAUUCAGUGGUAAAAUUGCUUAAUUAUAAAUGAUUUUCGGAGGAUAAGGUUAUGUACCAGAUGUUGAAUAAUUAGAAGCUUUAAUCAAAACUACAUUCCCAUAACCAGAUCUCAAUAUUCCUGAUACUUAAGUUCUAAAAAUAUAAGAAGAUGAAAUUGAAAAGAAAGUUGGAGAUAAUCCAUAAUUCACUGAAUGGCCUACUCAAUACUAAGAAUCUCUUGAAUACUCUAUAUUUGGAUGGUUCAGAUAUGCUUCACCUAAAUUAUAGAAAGAUAAUAAUGUUCUUUUGAGAUUGACAAAUAAUGAACCAGCAUACAGAAAAGAAGCAGCUAUAGUAGGAGAUAGAACACUCUUAAUCAUGUAUUAACCAAAUGAAGUAGUAUUCUCAACAUACACACUUGGUACUAUUGAUGAUGGAUAAGUUGCUAAUAUCAGAAAACCAACUCCAUUAGGUAAUAACUUUGGUGUUUGGACAUACGUAUGGUUUGGAUAUAGUUGGCCAAAGAAAGUUGCCUCUGGUAUUGUUAAAUUCCCCUCAGAUAAGGCUGUUGUACCCUAUGAUAAUGUAGCACAUAUGGUUCCUAAAUAUAUGGCAUUAUUUGCAGGAUCAGAUGGUAUGUUAGGAGGUUGGGAUGGACCUAUGAGAAAAGUAGGAGCAAUAUUUGGAAAAGGAGCAUAUAUUGAUCCAAAUAAAGGAAAUUAUGAAAAUAUGUUACCAAACUUAUUAGGAAUGUAAGCUAAGAAAUCAGAAUGGAAACCUGCUAAAGAAGAAAUUAUCCUUGUACCAAUAAAGGAUAAACCAGGAUAUGAUUUGACAUUUAAAGAAGAAGUUGGUGGAGUUACUGAAUAUGGUUAUGGAUUAUGGACAAGAUGGUUAAUGACCACUCCAGAUAGAGUAGUUGAGAAAUCUCCAUUCCAUUAAUUGAUUAGAUUAACUAGUACUGAGAAAUAUGAGGAUAAUGUUGCUCUUGGAAAUAGAGUAUUAGCUAUAUGGGCUGGUAAAGGAUAUUAUCACUUCACUACAUACGAUAAGAAGAAUAAUAAGGCUUCUAUUUCUGCUAAUUCAAAUUAUGAUGAUUAUCUUGAAGGACAUUGGAAUUAUAUUUAUUAUUCGUUCACAGCAUAGGAUUCAGCUAGAGCAGUAGGUUUUGUUCACUUUGGAGAACUACCAGUGUAAACAGUUUCUAGAAUUGAAUUAAUAGAUAUUGCUCAUAAUCCAUUGAAUGGUUAUGCUAGAGUUGUUGUAGCUAAUAAUGAAUUUGGAUAUCCAUCAUUUAAUGGUAUGAUUACUGGUUUAAGAAUCUUCUUCGGCUAAGGAUUUGUUGGUUCCAAAGAACAAUUCCUUAAAGAUGUUUUAGCAGUCUAACCUAAACCAUAAUUGACAGUUCCUGCUAGAACCGAUAUUAAUGUUUUGAAAGAAGAGAAAGUAGUCAAUAAAGGUGAUGCUGGAAUUCCAAUUAAAACUUAAUAUGAUUAAUAUUAGGGAGUUCUUGAAUAUGCAGUAUCUGGUUGGGUACAAACUAGAAAAGGAUAAGCUGAUGAAUUAUCUAGAAUGAUCUUCAGAUUAACUAUUAAUGAUCCAUAAAUUCAAAAAGAUAAAUCAUUAGCUGGUGAUAGAACUCUUGCAUGUUUCUUAUUUAAAGAUGCCUUCACCUUCUCUACAUAUGAUUAUGGAGAUUUAGAUAGUAAUGAUGAUGAUUAAAAUGAUAUCUAAUGGCCAUCUAAGAUUGGAGCAAAUGGAGGUGAAUGGAUAUUCUUAUACUUUGGUUAUAAUUCUAAGAUUAGAAAAGCCUUUGCUUACACUCUCUUCUUAAAUAGAGAAUUAGGAAAUCAAUACAAUGAUUUGAAACACUUUGUUCCUAAUAAAUUCUGGUUCUAUUUGGGUGGAGAUGGAUUUAAUCAAUAAUUUGAAGGUACAAUGUUUAAUUGGAAUCUAAACUUUGGUGAUGGUGCCUUUACAAAUAAACCUAAAUAAGUAAUUUCUUCAUGGCCCUAUGAACCAUAACAAUAAGCUGCUGAUUAAGUUCUAUCAGUCUUACUUGGUAAUUAAGGUUUAAGUUCAAUCAAAUUGAACAGAUUGUAAGGACCAGCUUCAGGAUAAUUUGAUGUUACAGGAGGACCUGCAUCUGGACAAUUCACAAAAAGUGGAGGACCAGCUUCAGGAGUUAUAGAUAAAACAGGAGGAGCUAAAUCAGGAGUAGUUGAAUAAUCAACAGGACCUAAAUCAGGUUAAACUAGUACAGCAGCUGGACCUAAAUCAGGUUAAAGUGAAACAGCAGCAGGACCUUAAUCUGGUGCUUCAUAAUGAAUGAUAUGAUUAUUCACAUUUAAAAAAACAUAAAAAUAUCAUU